AUGAGUCAGGCUCGUUCAAACCUUGGCUACUACAACACCUUUAAUGGUGGUGGUAUGGUCUACAACGAAUCUAUGAGCAACAACAUUCCACAAAAUGGACAGGCCGUAUAUACGCAACCUUGGUCUCAGAUGCCCAUUGGUGUGACGAUUCCCCUUACUGGAUCGCAGUGGUCUGGACAAUACUACCGACGUCACGAGGGAUGCGGAUUGCUCAGCAACAUCGGAGGUGCUUUUAUGCCUCCUCAGCUUCCUACAUGUGCUACCAGCAACCCAGACGAGGCUAUACCACAGUCUGACUUCAUACUCGGCGACUUGGAAUUAAACGACACUAUAUCAUCGCCUCCAGACUCUGAUGCAGUUUCUCAUACGGCCAUGCACCGUUCGCCUCUCCCAGAUGCCGAGACUUCUCUUGCUCAGCCGUGUCACACACAGCCCCAUGAUCAAUCCGUAGCAGGCAGGCCAAGAAAGGCGCGACAAGCCAAAGAGACCGACACGCGCCAAUCAAAAAGACCCGCUCGGACGAAAAGUACCAGGACACGUCUCUUUUGCGAAGCCUGUCGCGACAGCAAGGACUACUCUCGAGGUUUCCGUGGAGAGCAUGAACUUGCGCGCCACUAUGCGCAGAAACAUACCAGGCACAAGAAAGUAUGGAAGUGCUUUGACCUGAGCCCGGAACGCUUGAUGCGCAACUGUGAGCGAUGCAAGACUGGUCAUCAAUACGGCACUAGUUACGGUGGCGCUGAACAUUUCCGAAGGAAGCAUACCGCAAUCUUCGGAAAAGACAUGAUGGAGUUGCUGCGAGGAAAGAACCAACGUUGGGCUCUGAGCAGCAACCGUUUGAUAGAAGAGGGAUGGCUUCGUCAAGUGUUCGUUCCUGGCGAUGGUGAGCCAGUACUUCAUCAAGAAGAGCAGGCUGCGACUGCCAGUCAUCCGGCCAUGCCCUUCACAGGAGAUACACAAGAAUUCACCCCGAAUAGUGGAAUGCAAAGGGCUCAUCUGCAACAGCCCUAUGAUCAGCAGCAUAUGCCAAUGCAUGAUGCUAAUUUGGCUUGGGCCCAGCACCAAUAUACGCUUCAGCCUUAUCCUCAGCUGCAUCAUGGACGGCAACAACAACAUCACCAUCAGCAGCACCAACAGCAAUGGCAUGCAGGCAUGCAUUGA